CCUGUCUUCCGCGCUCGCGCUCCUCCCUCCAUAAAUUGGAGGAGGAGGCGACAAGGCAGCAUCGGAAGGGAAGCAGGCGAUUUCCGAGACGAGAUCGAGUUCGAGUUCGACAAUCACGGCUGGUAACGUUGGAGCGGGACGGUGGGGAUCCCACCGCCGCUUCCGCCGUCUUCCGCAAGUGGAGACCACUCCUCAGCGUCGUCGCCUCUUAGACAACGAGCGCAGCCCCUCCCCGAACGGUGGUCGCGGCGCCCUACCCUCCGCCGGCGGAAGCCCCUCUGACCUCCUCUUCCUUGCGGGUGGUGGCCGUUCGCCUGCCUGCCCUAGUUUUGUUAUUUAGCUUCUUUGUUAUAUCCACUCGCAGUAUAGGAGAAGGAAAGGAUGAUGACCAUGACAAGAAUCCCUACCGUUCUCUCCAAUUACCAGGAGGACGACUCGGCCGAGCCCCGCGCUUGCGGCCGGAAUUGCCUCGGCAAGUGCUGCUUGCCUGUCUCCAAACUUCCACUGUACUCUUUCGAGGGUGAUGCGAAUCCCAGGAACUGUUCCGCCGGCACGGACGAACCACCGCCGGAUUUCUUCCUCAACAACCUUUUGCUUGGACAGUGGGAGGAUCGGAUGAGCCGUGGCCUGUUCCGAUACGACGUGACGGCAUGCGAGACGAAGGUAAUCCCUGGGGGGUGUGGCUUCAUUGCGCAGUUGAAUGAGGGCCGCCGCCUCAAGAAGAGGCCCACUGAGUUCCGGAUCGACCGUGUCCUCCAGCCCUUUGAUCCUGCCAAGUUUAACUUCACCAAGGUCGGCCAGGAGGAGGUCCUAUUCUGCUUUGGGGCAGGGAAAGAUCGAAAAGCUUGCUUCUUAGAGAGUGCUACAGUUGGCGAAGAAAACUCCUCCAAUGUUGUUGCUAUCAAUGUGAGUCCUAUCGAGUAUGGCCAUGUCCUGCUGAUUCCCCGGGUGUCAGAUUGUUUACCGCAGCAAAUUGAUCCUAAUAGUUUCUUGCUCGCUCUUCGUAUGGCUGUGGAAGCUGGAAGCCCAUACUUUAGGCUUGGCUACAAUAGCUUGGGUGCCUUUGCAACCAUCAAUCACCUGCAUUUUCAGGCUUAUUUUUUGUCCAUGCCUUUUCCUGUGGAGAGAGCUUCUACUCAAAGAAUUCCAGUUGCUAAAGGUCUGUGCCAGAGGGGAGUGAACAUCUCACGAUUGCUGAAUUAUCCAGUGAGGGGGCUUGUUUACGAGGGAGGUAAUAGUUUGAGAGACUUAUCUGAUGUGGUUUCCAAGUCUUGCAUGUGUCUUCAAGACAACAAUAUCCCAUUUAACGUUCUUAUUUCUGAUUCCGGCCGGAGGAUCUUCCUCUUUCCCCAGUGCUAUGCUGAGAAACAAGCCUUGGGUGAAGUGAGUCAGGAGCUCUUAGAUACGCAAGUAAACCCGGCUGUGUGGGAGAUCAGUGGGCAUAUGGUGUUGAAGCGCAAGAAAGACUUUGAAGAAGCAACAGAGCAAUAUGCUUUGAGGCUACUAGCCGAGGUCUCUCUUUCGAAGGCAAGGUUCGAGGAAGUUAAAGCCUACAUCUUUGAUGCCAUAGAACUAGCAGAGUCUGAGAAGGAAAAAAUGGAGCCAAAGAAGAAAAAAGAAACCUUAUUUCAGUCAUCAGCUCUUGCCACUCAUCAUCACUUGGUAGGAGGUUGCCUAGUCUUGCAGUGACAAAGUUGGCUGCGAGUUGCCUAGUGUUGCUAUUUCCUUGUCUUGGUUAUUUCCAAACGAAUUAAGUGUUGCAGACAUUAUCCAGUAUUUGGUAUGUUCAAUCUUGUGAUGUGAAUAAGUUUAUUGUAGCAAAGGUGAUAACCUUCAUUCA